GGUCGAUUGCUCCGAACAUAAGCCGGUUUUACACCGUGACACGACUAGUGAAUUUAGCAGGGCUUCGAUGAAUGACCAAACCUUAUUGAUCUAGUAAAUAGGACCACCUGCAAUUUUGUUCUACGAAACCAUUAACAUGUCGACUGUAGGAACUAAUAAUGUCAACGACCCAAGGAGACCAAAUAAGGUUGUCAGGUACAAGCCCCCUGCCUCAGGUACUCCAUCAGAAGACCCUACACCGGACUACAUGAAUCUGUUAGGCAUGAUCUUCAGUAUGUGUGGGCUGAUGAUGAAGCUGAAAUGGUGUGCCUGGGUUGCAGUGUAUUGUUCCUUCAUCAGUUUCGCCAACUCUCGGACUUCUGAAGAUACGAAACAAAUGUUAAGCAGUUUUAUGUUGUCUAUAUCAGCAGUCGUGAUGUCCUACCUACAGAAUCCUCAGCCCAUGCAACCCCCAUGGUGAUGUCAGCUCAAGAGUCUACUCACUCGUAUUGAUCCCAUGUAUAUUCUCAUCCAGGUGUUCGCAUACUGUGUCAUCACUGAACUUGUCGUUAGUGUACGAUACAAACCCAUGCUACACAAGUUAUAACCAUAUGAUACACAAGAUAAACCAUAUGAUACACAGAUACAUACCAACCCCUCUUCAGUUAGUAUCCCUAUGUCAAUAAUUAUAUGUUUUCAAUUUAACGUUAGAUGCUGGGCAUUUUCUGUUGAAUGCAGACAUAUUUUGUACCAAGAGAGUCAUCAGUGUCCAAUCCUUAUAGACUGUAAAAGUCCUGGUAUGAUGUGAUAUGCAUGUCUUUUAACUUAUUUUAAUGGCUUUUUAUGCAUAGAUAUAGAUGCUUAUUACUUUCAGGAAUCUGUUUGUCCUGAUGUCAAUCAUUAGAGCUUGGUGUUCAUGCCUAAUGUGUUUGAAUGCUAAUUUGAAAUAACAUGGUGUCCGUAAACCUAUUUUUGACCAUAUAUUCAACCGCUAUGAUCCCUGAGGUAAAAUUAUGUGUAUGAAUGUUUAUAUUAAAUGAGCAUGUAAGUAUCUUCCUGCCUUCUAGUGGACCCAUUUUUUCAUAAUAUUGUCAGUUCCUGUGAAAGUGAGGUGUAAAUGAUGCCGUGACUCGUGUGUGGAUGUCUCUGCCCCACAAAUACCAGGAUGAAUGGUCUCCCAUUGGAGUAGUUCUUUGUGUGAAAGACAAACAUUCUUCGGGUGUGUCAGUUGAACAAAUGGAGUGUAUUUUUGACAUCUCAUACUUAAAUUCCAGAGAUAAGAUAUCCUGAAAAGAAAUAUUCUUUUAUAUUUGAAUGGAAGAUUAUCUUGUUUGUAUUUCUGAUGGUAACGUGAAUAUGAACAUUGUAAAGGAGUCAGGUUUAACAUUUUGUCAAUAAUUUAUGAGAGAAGAAAUAAAGGUAUUAAGUCUU